AUUUUAUUGUGGAAAACUGUGUCCGGAAGUAACAUCUAUUUUUAUUCUAUCUCUGCAUCUACUGUUACGGUAUGUGACUGAGAAAGACUUACGGGAAGAGGAGAAGAGACUUUGGACGAGGGAUCGAUUAUAAGACUUGUGUUUUCAGGUGGCACAACGCCUUUGGAGGUCGAUACCGUCCACAAAACCCAAGUUAUUCCGCUGGAUUUGGAAACGUUUCUUUAACAGUGAUCGUUUAUUUGAUCUGAUACGGGAUGUCUGGACAGAGCAUUACAGACAGGAUAACCGCCGCUCAACACAGUGUCACCGGCUCGGCGAUUUCCAAAACUGUUUGCAAGGCGACCACACAUGAAAUAAUGGGACCAAAAAAGAAACAUUUGGAUUAUUUGAUUCAGUGCACAAAUGAGAUGAAUGUGAACAUCCCUCAGCUGGCUGACACACUGUUUGAGAGGACCGCCAACACCAGCUGGGUGGUUGUGUUCAAGUCCCUCACCACCACACACCAUCUGAUGGUCUACGGCAAUGAGAGAUUUAUACAAUAUCUGGCUUCAAGGAACACACUAUUCAACCUCAGCAAUUUUUUGGACAAAAGUGGCCUACAAGGCUAUGAUAUGUCAACGUUCAUAAGGAGGUAUAGCCGCUACCUGAAUGAGAAGGCUGUGUCUUACAGACAAGUUGCUUUUGACUUCACUAAAGUGAAAAGAGGGGCUGAUGGAGUGAUGAGAACUGUGAACACAGAGAAACUCCUCAAGACCAUCCCUAUCAUCCAAAAUCAGAUGGAUGUCUUACUUGAUUUCAAUGUCAAUGCCAAUGAACUGACAAAUGGUGUGAUCAACGCAGUCUUCAUGCUUCUGUUCAAAGAUGCCAUCCGACUGUUUGCAGCAUACAAUGAGGGCAUCAUCAACCUCCUUGAGAAAUACUUUGACAUGAAGAAAGUCCAGUGCAAAGAAGGACUUGAUAUCUACAAGAAAUUCCUUACACGAAUGACUCGAAUCUCAGAGUUCCUCAGAGUUGCAGAGCAAGUUGGAAUCGAUCGAGGAGACAUCCCCGAUCUGUCGCAGUUUACAGUUUGUGCCCCCAGCAGCCUGCUUGAUGCCCUGGAGCAGCACUUAGCCUCUUUAGAAGGAAAGAAAGUCAAAGACUCGACAGCAGCCAGCAGGGCUAGCACCCUCUCCCAUGCAGUCUCCUCCCUGGCCAACACCGGCAUAUCUUUCACGAAAGUGGACGAGAGGGAAAAACAGGCCGCCCUGGAGGAAGAGCAGACGCUCCUAAAAACACUAAAAGAGCAGCGUCUGAAAGAGCUCCAAAAGGAUCCUACUGCAGCAACCACAGACUCAUCCCCUGACUCCACGAUGGGCGGGACCAUGAAUUCUGCUCCUUCCAUUGACCUUUUCUCCACGCGGAGUUCCACCAACAGCACCUCCAAGGCAGCCAAUGAACUUCUGGACCUGCAGCCAGCUUUCCAGCAGCCACUGACUCUCUCCACCAGCAACACAUGGGGAGACUCCUUCUGUGGGCCAAGCCCUUACAACACCACUCCACUCUUCCAACCUGAGCCCCCAGCUGUUGCUGGUCUAUUCAGAGGGUUUACAGCCUCCCCAACACCCCAGCAGCCACAGAACCCUCAAGGCCUUAAUGUCGACUUUGAGUCAGUAUUUGGCAACAACACCAAUGCUAACAACCUGGAUUAUACAGAUGUUUUAGGUGAUAUCCUCAAACCUACAGUGGCAUCCUCACCCAAUCAGGGCAUGACCCUGAACGGCCAACAGGCUCACAAACUGGUAUCCAGCGACCUGGACUCAUCACUGGCCAAUCUUGUUGGCAAUCUGGGAAUUGGCAACGGCACUUCAAAGAAUGAUCUUCACUGGAGUCAGCCUGGUGAGAGAAAGCUGACAGGUGGAAACAACUGGCAACCUAAGAUGGCUCCUUCUACCACCUGGAACCCUGCAGCCAUGGCACCAUCUGUCAUGGCAUUUCCUGCAACCACACCGACGGGCAUGAUGGCAUAUGCAAUGCCUCCCCACAUGGGCUCCAUGAUGAUGACGCAGCCCACUAUGAUGUACACCCAACCUGUGAUGAGGCAAGCCAACCCUUUUGGCCCCAAUCCAGGUGCACAGAUGCAGUUUAUGUAACCUGAAAGGUGGGGGUUGGGGUCUUUCCCAUCUGAAGAUGAUUCACAACAAAGUCAACUAUCCAAGAAAACCUUCAGUUUGGUUCUAAUGAACUUGCUCUGAGAAUAAAAGGCCCAAAUAAGACUUGUU